GAUCUUAAACAGCACUACCAAAUUGACUUUGUCUUCUCCAGAGACAACAGGUUCAUGGAGUUUCAUCCUUACAUUUACAUUCUCUGCAUAAUUCUGUUCUUACAGAUGUUUCCGGAAUCUGCUAACUCUCAGCAAGCAUACCUCAACAGCACUGUCUAUGACUGCUCUGAGAACCCUUCUGCACCAAAAGGAUACCUCUGCAAUGGCCUUCAAAAGUCAUGCACUUCCUUCUUAGUUUUCAGGUCCAAAUCUCCCUAUGACAACCCUGUAAGCAUUGCCUACCUUUUUGGCUCUGAAGCAUCUACCAUAGCCUCAAUAAACAACAUCUCAAAAGAUGACAAGAUUCCUUCCAAUAAGUCAAUCAUUGUUCCUGUAUUCUGUUCAUGUUCUGGAAAUAUCUACCAGCAUAUCACACCUUACACUGCCACCAAGAAUGACACCUACUUCAAGUUGGUUACAGAAAUUUACCAAGGCCUCACCACCUGCCAGGCCGUGAUGGGUCAGAAUUACUAUGCCUCUGGUGCAAUUAUAGUUGGUGCUGAGCUCACAGUUCCAGUAGUAUGUGCUUGUCCCACUGAAAAUCAGACAGCAAGAGGGGUCACUUCCUUGCUGGUUUACUCAGUGAAAAAUGGUGAUACUGUUAAGUCCAUUGGAGAGGCUUAUGGUGUUGACCUACAAAGUAUGCUAGAGGCCAACGGGUUGUCAGCGCCGCCAACUGCAGACAGCAUCAUAAUCAUCUAUCCCACAACUCCUAUCUUGGUUCCUCUCAGAGGGAAGAGUUGCAAAGAGGACCCUGGCAGUUUCUACUGUACUUGCUCCCAGGGAAGUGUUGAGGAUGGAACCUUCAUGGGGUUCCAAUGUAAUGAAUCUGAUGCUGAAAGUUUUCCUACCAAAUUGGUUGCUUCGUUAGGUGUUGGACUUGGUUUAGGCUUUCUGUGUUUGUUUCUUCUGGGAUACAAAUCAUAUCAGUACAUACAGAAGAAGAGAGAAAGUAUCCGAAAGGAAAACCUUUUCAGGAAACCUACCAACAUACUCUUAGACAGCAACUUCAGUGCCAAAGUGUCUGAUUUUGGAACAUCAAGAUCAGUGCCACAAGAUAAGACUCACUUGACCACAGCUAUAGGAGGAACUUUUGGGUACAUUGACCCUGAGUAUUUUCAGUCUAGUAAGUUUUCAGAUAAAAGUGAUGUGUACAGUUUUGGGGUAGUGCUGGUAGAACUUAUAAGUGGGAGAAAGCCAAUUUCCUUCUUAGAGGAAGAUGAGGGUCAGAAUCUGAUUGCAGAGUUUCUUUCUCUGAUGAAGGAGAACAAAGUUUAUGAGAUUUUAGAUGGCAGGGUUGUUAAGGAAGCAAGGAAAGAUGAGAUUCUUGCAAUUGCAAACCUUGCAAUGAGAUGCUUGAGACUUAAUGGGAAGAAAAGACCAACAAUGAAAGAGGUUUCAUUGGAACUAGAAGCAUUGAGAAAGCUGCAAAGUUCCUUAGAGAUCAGCCAUGAUCAUGAGUAUACAACUAGCGAGACAGCUCAAGAAAUCACAGAUGAAAGCAUGCCACUGUUCUUAGAACUGGACUCCACAUCCUUUUGAAUUGAGCUAAUAUGUUUGUUAUCUUUGUUAGUGGUAGAUGUGUUAUGAUGGUACCCUUCUCUUUAUCUAAAAUCUUAGGAGAAUUAAUUAAUGAAUUAGUGAGACUUAGAAUCAUACUCUUGAAUUAUUUUCAAUACUGUGUUCUUCUUUAUCUUUGUUUCAUUUUUA